CUAAACUAGAUCCAAGGUUUGCUGUGAGUUUAGAUAAGAAUUUGCAUUUGUAAUUUUGCAUUACUUUUUUGCUUCAUGUAAUAUAAACAUUACGUUGGACUCAUAUUGCCGAAAAUUACAAACCAAAUUCUAACCUAAAAGGAUAGGGGCUUUUGAAAUAAAGCUCCGCCCAUGGCUGGAACAUUGUAUAUGCCCUAAGGCAACCAAAAGUUGAAUAUACGUCAAAAAUAUAUGGAAUCAACAUGACAUGACAUUUUACUUUAGGGAACACUAAUACUUUGACAUAUAUAAUAAAUACGUAUUCUUCCUUGAAUCUUCCUACCAUUCCUUUCUCAUACAUUUGCUUAAACUAUAACUCCUCUGGGAAGUUGUAAUAUAUAUUUUUUGCGUUUAAUAAAAAAAUAUCUUAAUUUUCUACGUCUUAAAAAACUACGAGAGGAUUUUGUGUUGCGACACUUCUAGUUUUGUUACCAUGCCUUGCACUUAACGUAAAGCAAUUCGUCCGACCUGCAAGUGACUAGCUAGAGUGAAGGCCUAAAGAUUAAAAUUGAUAGACGAUGAGAGUAGGAGUAUUACAACGCACUUUCAAUUAGUUGACAGUAUAGAAGUCAUUUUCAGGAUGAUCAUAGACAAUGUGGAAGCUCUCAAGUCUUGGCUGGCAAAACUCCUGGAGCCAAUAUGCGAUGCUGACCCGUCUGCUCUAGCCAACUACGUUGUUGCAUUAGUCAAGAAAGACAAGCCAGAGAAGGAGCUGAAAGCACUUUGUGCCGAUCAACUAGACGUGUUCUUACAAAAAGAGACCACUGGGUUUGUAGAUAAGCUCUUUGAAUGUCUAACUACCAAAAACUACCUGGGGAACCUGACGAUGAAGGAGCCUGCUAAGGAAGAGGUUAAGCCGGCUGUGGUCAAGGCAGAGGUGCCCGAGGUGGACCAUGCAGAGGAGGAAAGGGACACCCGCAGGAGGAGAAGUCCUCUAAGGAACCGCUCUGACUUCAACGAGUCCAGGGGCAGGGAGGACCGCAGGCGAGAGGAGCGCAAGCGGCGCGAGGUGGAGCGCCACGGGAAGACCGGAGGAGGAGGAGGUGGGGGGGAGUCCCACCGGGAACGCCACGACAGAAGGAGGGGCAGCCCUCGGGGGCGGAGCUACAGCCCUCGGGGGCGGAGCUACAGCCGCAGCAGGAGCCGGAGUGGGAGCAGAGGGAAGAGCCGCGACACGGAGCACAACAGAGGGAGAGAUUACAGGUCAAAGUUCGAGGUGGAGAGGAAGGACCCUGACAGCUACAGCAACUCCUCUGGGUCCCUCGGCCCCGCCCCCCAGCAGCCCCCUCUCCACCCGCCCCCCCUCCUCCCCCUGCCCACGCCACAGCACCCCUUCCCCCCCUCUGUCUCUGGGGGCCCCCCCGCCCCCCCCAGCAAUGUCGUCGUGGCGGCUCCCGCUCACCUGCCCGACAGCACCACGGAGAGCUGGUCCAGUUACUACAGCAACCACCGUGAGGCCAAGUCCUUUGCCAAGAGCCCCUCCCUGAAGCAGCGUUGCCGUGACUACGACGAGAAAGGGUUCUGCGUGCGUGGUGACCUCUGCCCCUACGACCAUGGCAACGACCCCCUCAUCGUGGAUGACGUCUCCCUCCCUGCCAUGAUCCCGUUCCCCCCUCCUCCGGUGAUGCCCCCCGCCCGCCUGCCCAUGCCUCCCAGGACGGAGCCCCCCCCCAGCCUCAGGAUGCCCCCCCCUCACGGACAGCCCCCCCCUCCAGGCAUCUUCCCCAUGGCCGGACCCCCUCUCAUCCCUGUCAGUGGCUUAGACCCACCCAGCCAAUCAGGGAGCAGUUCCUCCUCUUCUCUUCUGGGGCCGCCUGGCGUGGGACCGCCCCCUCCUCUUCCACCUGCUCCUCCCUCCUCCUCCUCCUCUGUCACUCCUCUGCACCCCCAGUACUCCCAGUCGGAAUAUAAGUACGACCCUGAGGGCUACAACCCCGAGUCUCCAGGCCUGACAGCGGGGCCAGGCCGGCCACAGUACCGCCACUUCAUCCCCCGGGUCCAGAGCCAGCGCUCCAACCUCAUAGGACUCACCUCCGGAGAGGGACAGGGCUCCAGAGCGGCUAAUAUAGUGAUCCAGACAGAGCCAGCGGUCGCAUGUGUGCCCAGCAGCGUGCCUCGCUACGCAGAGCAGGACAGCAGGAAGAGGCCACUGACCGCCACCGAGGGCCCCCCGCCCAAGAAGCCCUGGAUGGACAAGCCCAACUUCAACAGCCAGCAUAAGCCCAGCUUCCCUAAGAAGAACCACUACAUGAACACCAAGCUGGAGGUGAGAAAGGUUCCCCGGGAGCUUAACAACAUCACCAAACUCAACGAGCACUUCAGCAGGUUCGGCACCAUCGUCAACAUCCAGGUGGUGUUUGAAGGGGACCCCGAGGCAGCUCUGAUCCAGUACACGGUCAAUGAGGAGGCGCGGCGGGCCAUCUCCAGCACCGAGGCCGUGCUCAACAACCGCUUCAUCAGGGUGUACUGGCACCACGAGCCCAGCGGACAGACGGAUCAGGGCCAGGGGCCCAACAUGGGCCCACAGCACUUGAGCCAUCACAAGGUGAUAAAGCAGCACAGUCCAGGAGCAUACGUUCUGAACAAGACUCACCCUAAACACGUACCGGCCAGCCCCAAGAUGGACCCCCUCCACCCUCCCAUCACCCCCCUGGCUGCUGUGUCUGUGAGCCAGAAGGGUCCGUAUGUGGCGUCCCUGCACAAGGCCAGCUCUAAGACCCUGGGGAAGACCGCCAAGGCUCUGGAGGCCCAGGAGGUCCUCAAGAAGAAGCAGGCCACGAGGUUGGGUCUGAUUCCGCCAGGGCGGGGCAAGGGGCCGGUGCCUCGGGGGCGUGGUAGAGGUCGUGGGCGGGGCCGGGGAAGGGGCGGGGCCAACCACAUGGUGGUGGACCAUCGUCCAAGGGCCCUGGCUAUCCUGGGACUGACACAAGAGGAAAAGGAGGAAGUCAAGGCCCACUUCCUGAAAUUUGGCGAGGUGGAGGAUCUGAGAGACCACGACACCACCAGUGUUGUCAUGACGUUCAAGAGCAGGAGCGAAGCAGAGAAUGCGGCAAACCAGGGGGCAAAAUUCAAAGGUCGCGUGCUACAGAUUUCCUGGUUCAAGCCCAAGACGCCCUCCGCAUCCGCCGAGCCAGAGGAGGAGGAGUCUAAGGAGGAAGUCAACACGGAGGAAGUGAGCCCCUACCUGUUGGCGGAAGAGGAGGAGGAAGACGAGGAUGAGGAUGACGAGUACGAGAGUCGCUCCUGGAGACGAUGAAGACGCAUUGUCCCUCUCCCUCCUGUGAAGGACAGUUGGUUUUCUACGAGGCAGAUUUAUUUUGAUUAAUUAACUUUUCAUUUGUCUCCCAAGACCAGUUUUCAGUAUUUCGAGACUGAGGAAUUAAGGACUCUAAUAUGAGAACGCAAAGUCUUUACUUUAUUAUUAUCAAUAAUAAUAAUAAUUAUAAUAUGUGUGUGUGUGUGAACACGCGUGAGACGAGAAGACUGUUUUGUAUCUCUUAAAAAAUCGGAAUAAUUAUUCAAAUCUCACUUUUGCUGAGAUCUUACUGCAGAGUGCUAAUCCCGAACAGUCGUGUUUGUAUGGUGGGUGUCAUUGAGGUCACUAGACUUUAUCAGUAAUGCACAACAUUUGUGACUACUGUGAAUAGGUAUUUUUUAUACAUAUUUAAAAAGAUUUCUUUCCCCAUCCCCUAUUGGUUUGGUGAAUUUGGUCUGUAAUUGGGAGGCUUGUGAUUCUUGUACGGAAUUUUCGUGUUGGUUCUGAUGCAUAGCCUUGCUCCAGAGAACAACAAUUACAAAAUGGCUGCUUCAGCAGUUGCUGUUGGCCUGCCUCUCACUAAACUAAUGAGAUAGAAACUCAUGUUGGAUUCAGAGAGAUGUUUGGACCGCCCAUACUUCUCAUUCUCUGGCAGUAUUUUGUUUGUCAACUAAAGGUGUGGUGCCAGGUUAUGUACUUAUGAUGGAGCAGACACGUUUUAGGUGAGUGUGUAUCAGUUUAUUGGAAUUACGCAAGUCAAGCCCACCUUCCACGAGGACAUCUGAGACCCAAGACAUCUUUGGGACAAGGGUUUGGAGGUCAUCAGUAGUUGUCAGACAUGUUAGGAACUUGGGAGACUGGACAACGCUGUUUGAAUGUAAACAGUUUUGUUUGAUGUCAUUUUGUUUUUUUUGCCUUACAUAAUCAGCAGAAGGUUGUAUUUUUACAAAAGGUUUGUGAUUUUCAUUUGUAAAUUUUGUAAAUGUUUGAUAUAGAAAAUUACUAUGUGGAUACAUCACUUUUUAUUUUUGUUUAAUUUGAACUCAUUGGAGUGCAUGUUAAAACUGUCAGGCGAAGAGAGGUACCCUAUAGCUUUCAAAUAAGAGUGUUUUGUAAUCUGCUUAUUUUCAAAGUAGGUGUGUUUAACCAACCCGUAAGACGUUGUUUCUCAGUGCAAGCAGCACGUUUCCAUGCUGCUCCGUCCCUGUAGAGCAGCUGUGCUCUCACUAACCAACCCUGAGUCCAACCCCACAGUUUCACCUGGGAGAUUCUCACUUGGGCUGUGGUCUCAACUGCUUCUGUGGGUACAACAGGUUCACGUAACAGAGACCUUGUGAGAUGUAGGUAGGAAUGUUCUCCAGAGUAUCAUCAACGUGUGUACUUGACAAGAGGGGGGGGAUCUUAUUUUGUAUUAUUAGUCUGUAAAAUACUGUAUUUGAACUUUACGAGAGUGAGGGAGGAAGGGAAUGGCCUUCAUGCCAACACUGACACCCCUGCUGUUAUUAUUAUUAUUAGAGUCCCACACACACAGUUGGUAACAUCUCAAGAUUAGAGCAAUCUACUGUAGUCUGGAUUGAGAAUGUCCCCAAUUUGGUGGUAAAGAACCCCCACCCCUUGCCUGUCAUGAUCUCUUCUGGUUGUCCCUCAUGUCUCACAGAUCUCAAGAGCUUCUCUGUUAUUGGAUGGCUUCGGUACUCAACUGACCCAAUGGUCACAGGAAUUUCCCUCUAACAUAUUAAACCUUGUGUAACUACUACUGUGACACCAUGGUAGUAAAAUGUAAAAGAUUUAUUGGAUAAGACAUUUUUGGAUUUGUUACUGUUUAUAUUUGCAGGAUGUGGAUGUAUUUUUUGAUUUAUUCUGUUUGUAAAAUGGAUUUCUAACUCACUAGCAUGUCUGCUUUUAUCAAUAAAGACAGAGGAAUGGGGUUGUUUACAGGAGUAAAAGAGAGAAAAAAAAUGAUAUUCAACUAUUUUAAUUGGGCAAAAAAGAAAAGAGGAAAAAAAACGAUUUAAAAAAUAUUACAUUUGACCAAAACACAAAAGAAAAAAGUAUUUGAA